AUGAUGAAUAGUACAGUGGUGACAAUGUAUCAUCAUUAUGAAUCAGUUGACGAUCCAACUGCUGUCAGUGAAAUCGAACCGCACGAUUAUGAUUCGUCGGGUGCUACUUUAUUCUUAAUUGUUGUGAUAUUCUGGUAUGCAUUGAGCAUUGUAUGUAUGCAAGUAAUGCAAAUUCGUGGUCGAGCUGACACAAUUGAAGACUGUACAACACGUCGAGCGAAAUUAUUCUUGCAAACACUUCGUGAUCAAACACAAACGAAGGAAAUUCUUGAAGAACUUGUUGAUAAAGAAAAACGUGAAAGACUUUGGAAUAUCUAUUUCGAAAAAACAGAUUAUAACAAAGAGAAACUAAAACGUGCCGAACGACAUCGAACACGAAAUAUUAGGAAACAAUUAGCGACUAUUAAACGCAAUCGUCUGAUUAUGAACGAGACAAUGUUAACACCUGUCGUCAAUGAGCGUGUUCAUCGAACAUCGAUUACUUCACAAUCAACACUGAUUCCACAUUUGUCAGCUAUUGAAAAUCAACCGCGAGAUCGACGUCGAUCUUCUUUGGAUCAACAGAUUAUCGAACGAUGGAAAUCAUUGGUUGAACAAAGUAAUCCACACGAACAGCUACCAUGGCCGUUUCGAAAACAUCUUAUUUGUCGUCAUUUUCGACGUUAUUGUAAAAAUUCAUCUGACGAAUGUGCACAAAAUUCCACUCGCUCGACGAACGCACGGACAGGUCAUGAAGACUUCAGACAAAUGAAUGAUGAUCAAUGUCAUCUGUUAGCACCAGAUCCGUAUAAUCAUAGUAGAUACUCAAAUUUCUCGUCGAAUGAGCCAAACAGUCCAUCCAAAUCGUGUGUAACUUCUUUUCAGACGCGUGUCAGUUAUCAUUCACAAUCAAAUAUUCAAAAAUUACCGAUUAUUACGAUCAAACCUGAUCAUGAAAUCGUUCACUUGUAUCAUGAUGAAUCGCGUUGUUAG